AUUUAAACAGAUAUUAUGGUUUUUUAGGUUAUGUUUAUCAUAUAAUUAUACCUUUUAAAUUAGGAUAAUAAGCAUAUUUAGAAUUUAAGUAAAUAAACUGAAUUUACUUGUUAAAAUGUGUGACGAAAAAAUAUCGAAUUCUUCAGAAGCUAAAACAGAAAUAAAAUUUAAAUCUAAAAGUCGUAAACAAUUUAGAAAGCGUCUGAAACAGGAAGACAGUGAUGAUGAAGAUAAUUCAGAAGUUAUUGCAAAAUUACAAGAAAUGAGAGAAAUACAAAAACUUAGAGAACGACCCAGUGGUGUUGACAUAGUUGGUUUAGCACUAGGUACAAAAAUAACAACAGACAAUGAAAUAAAAGAUCCUUUCAAUAAAGAUAUUGGAGGAUUAGUAUCUUUGAAAGCUUUAAGUAGCGGUAACUGGAAAGUUGACGAUGCUUAUGAUACAGGAAUAGGAACACAAUUUUCCGUUGAGACAAAUAAAAGAGAUGAAGACGAGGACAUGAUGAAGUAUAUAGAAGUUGAAUUAUCAAAACGAAAAGGAAAAGAAAAGCAGGAUGAAGUUGUUGCUAACUCUAAAAAGUAUCACACACCUGAGGAAAUAGCUUUACUAUCAGUACCUGAACAUUUAAGAACAACCUCAAAGAAACAAUCAGAAGAAAUGUUAUCAAAUCAGAUGUUGAGUGGUAUACCUGAAGUAGAUUUAGGAAUUGAGGCCAAAAUAAAAAACAUUGAAGCUACAGAAGAAGCCAAACUUAGGUUAUUGUGGGAGAAACAGAAUAAGAAGGAUGGUCCCUCUCAGUUUGUACCUUCUAAUAUGGCCGUGAAUUUUGUCCAACAUAAUAGAUUUAAUAUAGCAGCUGGUGAAGUACCACAAAAAAAAGCAAAAGUUGAUGAAAAACCCAAGAAAAAAGAUGAAAAAGCCACUGAUGAUUAUCAUUAUGAGAGAUUUAAAAAGCAGUUCAAAAGAUAGCUAUACUAUUUUGUUAAUAUUCUUUUUAAUAUUUCUUAUUUACAUUUUUUUUAUACAUUCAUCAAUGUAUUUUUUUAUUUAUUGCUUUUUACAAUAAAUAAUUUAAAUUGUAAUUAAUUAAAAGUCUAGAUAUAAUAGGAUUCUCGAAGAAAAUAACCAGAUCAGCUGGAACGUUAACUCAGAUACAAAAACUCCAUUUAGAAAAGUGGAAGACGACAUAUUUGUGCAAAUUAGUAUGUGUCCUUUUGUAAUUUCAGUUAAUUGUUAUCAUCUUCAGCAACCCGUCAAGAUUUCUGUAACUGUUGGUUAUAUUGAACUCACAGCUACAUUGUCUAACGCACGUUUCGAUAACCAAGUUAUCAUCUUCAGAGACUGAAUACAUUUGGUAUUCGUAUACAUUUGCAUGGAUUUCACUGUAAUGGAAGGACUUGGAUAAUUAAUAAAACUACUUUUUUGUUAUAAAA